GUUAAAUAUGAGUGCUUGGCAGAGGAAAUCAAAAUAGGAGAUUAUUACCUGAGAUUACUAUUGGAGGAAGAUGAGAAUGAAGACAGUGGAUCAAUUAAGAGAUCGUAUGAGUUUUUCAAUGAGCUUUAUCAUCGUUUCCUGCUCACCCCAAAAGUAAACAUGAAGUGUUUAUGUUUACAAGCCCUUGCUAUUGUUUAUGGCAGAUGUCAUGAAGAAAUAGGACCUUUUACAGAUACAAGAUAUAUCAUUGGAAUGUUAGAGAGGUGCACAGAUAAACUUGAACGAGAUAGGUUGAUCCUCUUCCUUAACAAGUUGAUCCUUAAUAAGAAAAAUGUUAAGGACCUCAUGGAUUCAAAUGGAAUUAGAAUCCUUGUGGACUUGCUUACCCUUGCACAUCUCCAUGUAAACCGAGCUACAGUACCACUGCAAAGCAAUGUAAUCGAAGCUGCUCCAAAUAUGAAAAGAGAGAGUGAAAAGGAAUGGUACUUUGGCAAUGCAGACAAAGAAAGGAGUGGCCCAUAUGGAUUUCAUGAG